AAAGCUUAAGAAAAGGAUUACAACAAAUAUGACUUGUACUAAGUGGUACUCAACCAUUCCCCUUCUCCCUAUGCAAUGCCCAAUCUCAAAGACCCAAAACACCACAAUAACCAUUCCUCCUACUCUCAUGGUUAUCCCCACCAUUAAUUCACACAAUUCAACCUUUAAAACUUCCCUUGUUACCAAUUUACUCUCCUUGUCUCUCUCUCUAACUCUCUCCCUUUCUUCCCCAUUGUCAUCUUUAGCAAUUCCUUCAUUGAAUUCCCAAUCACAAUCCCCUCUUCCCUCCUCCACCACUCCUUUUUCCCAGUCCAAGAACUUACCAUCUGGGUUGGAAAAUGGAAAAAUUAGGGCUUGCCCAUCAGUAAAUCCUGGUUGUGUAACUACCAAUCCAAAGUCUGCCAAUUUUGAAUUCCCAUGGCAGAUUCCUGCUGAUUCUAAUGGAGAUGCUGUUCAGAAAUUGCAAGAAGCAAUUUUGAAUACACAAAAAAAUGCCAAAAUACAAGUUGUGGAAGACACACCAAUCGGACGAUACCUUCGAGCAGAAGUUGACGGAGGAUUUGGCCGAGACAUGAUGGAGUUUUUGGUGAAAGGAGAUGUUGUAACAUAUCGUUGUAUGGCUACCAAAGUAACCUACGUCUAUCCCUUUACAACAGCUUUUGGGGAUUCAAACGGCCAACAAGAGAGAAUGAAGAAAAUAGUCGAAGAACUCGGUUGGUACUCUCCCAGUCUCGACCUGAUGGAAUAAUCGUAAUGACUCAAUGGUUUCUGGAAACAAAAGGUUUUCUCAUUACUUUUGUGAUCCCGACACUCCAUUAAGAGAUGCUUCAAGAUUCGUGGAUAUCCAAACUCCAACAAGUCUAAUUCAGGCAAGAAGAUUGCUACAAUUGUAUAAACUGAACACCGGCCUCACUUCAAUACUCUUGCCAACCGUCUUGGCAAGGGAUGAACUUCCAUCAGAUUAUUUCACUCUUGCUAGCACUUCUCGUCAAGCAAGGACUUUUUGUCCUAUCUUUUGAAUGGAUCGUGAACAGUGUCGCCACAGAUCAUAUGUGCAACUCUUUUAAGUGUGUGUGAAUAAGAUUGGAGAUGUACUAUUAGCUGAUGAAAUUUCUCUUGAAGACAUACUUCGUGUUCCUACCAUUUCAACUUUGUGCAAAGAUUGUGUUGAUGACAAUAUGUCUUUAAUUUCACUCAUGAUGCAUGUCUAUUGAUGCAAUUGUUUUUUUAUCUCAAAGUAAUCCUAGUAAUUAUCAAAAAUGAAUCUUUCUAUGAAUGACCUAGAAAAGAUAUGACACUUGAGUAGAUGUGUUCAUUAGAGGGUUGAUUUCAGGUCGGUUCAAAAUCGAAUCUU